AGUCGAUAUACAUUUGUAUGUUUCUACGUACAUACAAAAACAAUUUUAAAAGUCUGAAGCACAUCUUAUAUUUGUUUCAAAGCAAAAAAGAUGGAAGCGGAAAAAAAGAAAUCCCUGUUGGAAAAGUAUGACAUACCAAUUCAUCACUUGGACUUUGCCUACGUGGAAACGUGCACAAAUGCAAGGGAAAUGGAGAAAAUCGUGCAAAUCCUUCGUUCCGGUGAGGAAGGAUAUUUUCCGGACUUGAUGCGAUGCUCAGAGGAAAAGCUGAAGGAGUUAAAGCCGGAUAGCAAGUUGUUUCGCUAUGAGGAGCAGAUAAAGCAGAGCAAUGUCUUGGACAAACAGGAACUAAAACCCAUUCUGGAUUGGACCGAUGACAUAAAAUCCAAGGACUGCGCAUUGAACGAACUAAAGAAAGUUAAACAGAAUUGGGAUCUUCCAUCUGUGCGUAAAUUGUCCAAAAUCGAGCUGGAUAAACAAGAGGCUACUGAGAAACCCAAACCUGCUGAAUCUAAACCAUCUCAGCCAAAGACCAAAACCCAGGAUUCUCGAAUCAAGUCGACAGACUACAGAAAAUGGGAUAAGUACGAUCCGGACGAGGAGAUACUCCGCAUGGAUCUGGACGAAGAACGUGAUAAGGAGCAGGCAGAGCAGAAGCUUUCCGUCCACCAAAAACCGUCUACCGAAAAAGAGUUAAGAAACGAAAAGGAAUCUCUUUUUCAGCGCCUCCAAUCACAACUGAAAAAUCUUAGUCAACUGGAGCGGGAACAAUUUGCAGAAAGACAUCGACUGCGGGGUAAUGAGAAUUUUAAGGCCAAGGAGUACGAAAGUGCUAUUGAGGAAUACAACUGUGCCAUUCUUUACGAUCCCGAAAAUGCGGCACGUGCAUACAAUAAUCGCGCUGUAUCUCAUUUAAAAUUAAAGAAAUACUUUUCUGCCAUUUCGGACUGCCAAGCCUGUCUGCAAUUGGAUCCGCAUAAUGUAAAAGCUCAUCUACGCCUGGCAGAAGCUAAGUGUGCCGAAGGAAAACAGCUUGAGGCCCUAAGUGUGUACCAGAAAGUCCUCGAAUUGGAGCCGGAUAACGUGUUUGCCAAAAAAUCAGUGACAGAGUUGUCCUCACUGCUGGGUGAGGUGGCCCCCGCCAACGCCACACGUUUGAUAAUUGAGGAGCUCGAUCCGCCGGAAAUCAAGACUAGCGAUUCCAAAAAAAUAGUAAAAAAGGCAGGAUCUUUGGCCAAAAAACCGCAGAGCAACGAGACUGCAAAUGCACCAGUCGCCAAGGACUACGAUCUAGCCGAGUUGAUAAAGCCAAAUCGCAUGGUUAAAAGCAAACUUAUGUCAGCCGCCGAGGCCUUAGGAAAUAAGUUUCAAGCUCCUAAGGCCAACGCUGUGCAGAAUCCACCUUUGACCCCGCCGCCCAAGGAAAACACUUUGCGUUUGCCACAGGACAAUCUCAACGCUAGCAAUAAACUUCUGAUCCAGGAGAUUUAAAGGUUGGAUAAAUGCCGCACUAAACGUGCGCUGUUUCAUAAAGUUUAUUCAAAAAUAUAAAUGUAUAAAAUGCAAAUAAAUGAUGGCAGAACUACU